AUGGCUCCAUCGACAAGGAAGAAGCUCACGCCAAAAUCUGCGAUCUUGGUGAAGAAAUAUCAGCGUCCGAUCCGGAUUGUUUUCGUGAGUGUUGUGGCAACACUCUGUCUUCUCUUUCUUUUACACACACCUCCUUCACGUCAUGCUGGGUUAGAAAGUAAAACGGGGGAAAAGCAUAGCUCCAUUGCCAACAACAUCACACCAAUCGACCCACAAACACUGCAAAAACCGCACGCCGACAAAGUUCAAAAGGUUGAGUAUCCAGUGAACGAUGGGAAACGCGAAAAAGCUGCAUUCGUCACUUUAGCCAGAAAUUCCGAUUUGUGGGAACUUGCAUCGUCCAUUAGACACGUCGAAGACCGCUUCAAUCGCAGAUUUCAUUACGACUGGGUCUUUCUAAAUGACAAACCCUUUGAUGAUGAGUUUAUCAGAGUGACGUCGGCUCUAACCUCAGGCAAGACUAAAUAUGGGCAUAUAUCCCCAAAGCACUGGUCUGUCCCUGAUUGGAUUGACGAGGACAAAGCUGCAAAAGGUCGUCAGAAAAUGAUAGACGAUAAGGUGAUUUACGGAGACUCGGUGCCAUACCGCCACAUGUGCCGUUUUGAAUCAGGGUUUUUCUUUCAGAAUGAACUACUAAAUGAUUACGAGUAUUACUGGCGUGUGGAGCCUGAGAUCCGCUUGUUCUGCGACAUUCAUUACGAUGUAUUCAAAUUCAUGAGGCUCAACAAAAAGAAGUACGGGUUCAUUUUGUCUAUGAGCGAAUACGAACAAACCAUUCCAACGCUUUGGAAAACUACCAAAGAAUUCAUAAAGAAGUAUCCCAAAUAUGUGAAAGAGAAUAAUCUGAUGGACUUUAUUUCAGAUGACCAAGGUGAGACCUACAACAUGUGCCAUUUCUGGUCCAACUUUGAAAUAGGGUCUCUUGAUUUUUGGAGGUCUGAUGCCUACCAGGCAUAUUUCAACUAUCUCGACCAGGCUGGUGGAUUUUUCUACGAAAGAUGGGGCGAUGCGCCGGUGCAUUCGAUUGCUGCGGCACUUUUCCUUGACAAAAGUGAGGUACAUUUCUUUGAUGGCGUUGGCUACUAUCAUCCAAAUUUCUACUCUUGCCCUGCCGAAGAAAACAUUAGAAUACAGAAUCAGUGUGUUUGCAACCCUGCCGAUGAUAACACUUGGUGGGAUUACUUUUUCUGUACUAGAAAGUAUUUCGAAGCGCAGAAGUUUCCUCUACCACCAGGUGUUAAAGAGGUUUGA